UGGGGAGUACCUAUUUUUUCUGAUUUCAGUGAGAACUGAGAACUAAAUAAUUUAUGAAGAAAGUGCUAAUUAGAAUUAAAAUACUCAAAUUUAUAUAAUAAGAAUAUAAUGUUGAAAGUGUAGUUAUGAAAAUGGCAGCGGCCAGCGAAGAUGAAAUUUUAGAAGGAUUUCUUUGUCCAAUUUGCAAAGCCGAUUUAAAGUCUGCCACCCAAUUAACGAGUCAUUUCGAAAGUCUACAUUCAGAGGAGCAGGAUGUUUUAAGAUCCCUGAAGGAUAUAUUCGGGAAAGCGAAGAAAAUCAUCUUGAACACGGACGAAACCGAUUUAAAAGAAACUUUCGAUAGAGCAUUGAAAUUCAGUUCACAGGAAUAUUACUAUCCCCCCGAGGAGGAGCAGACUAUAGGCGUGUCUCGCAGUUCCACUGAUUACUUUAAAGGCGUAAGGUCGGCACGGUUGGAGCGGUAUGCAACAGAAACCAACAAAUUGCUAAUCAGGUUGGACAAGUUAGUAUGUAACAUGCCCACUGAGUCAAAUCAAAGAAAACAACAUGAACAGCAAGUUGUUCCCUGGUUAGACGGCACAUCUGUAAAGCUCUGUCCAAACUGUGCUAAAGCAUUUAAUCUCACUAGACGGAAACAUCACUGCCGCCUCUGUGGUUCAAUUCUCUGUCACGACUGCUCCAUAUUCUUAGACCUCAAUGUUGCUAGAGGAAUAGUAGAUCCUUCGGCACCACAAACUUCUCAAGCAGAGGAGGUGACUGAGAAAAAUGGUUUACGACUAUGUGAGCAUUGCUAUAAACUAAUCGAACUGAGGAAACAAGUGCAGGAGAAUAGAAACGCAAAGACAGCACUGAUGACUGCCUACGAACAGAUGAGGAGUUUGAUGGAUCAAGCAGAACCCGCUGUGGCUAUGUAUGAAAAGAUGUGUCAAAGUCUGUUUGAUGGUGAGACCACAUAUAACCUGUCAGACGUGAAUGCUAUGAGGGGUCGUAUCGGAAAGCUGGCAGAGGGUAUAGACCUGUUGAGCAAGCAGAUCACACUGUUCCCCUGCGAGCCCGGUACCAGGCACGCCAAGUUACAGAAUGCUAUAAGGCAGGCAGCUGCUCAUUAUAUAAAGGAAGAUCUAUUGUCACUAAGGAAACUACCCACCGAGGCUCAGAUUGAGGAAGUACGACGGGAGAGGUAUGAGAAAGCCCAGAAACAAGUUCAAAUAGAGCGACAGAGAGCUGAAAGAGAGAGGGAAAGGAGAGAUGAGAACGAACCCAGCAGCAGUCGAGUUGAAACCACCCAUGAUGAUGAUAAUCCACUGCUGGAACAGAUGAACAUCAUCCGAGGAUACAUCAAAGAGGCCAGGAAAGAGCUAAAGUUUGAGGAGGUGGCAAUACUAGAAAAUAAUUUGAAGGAACUGAAAAAGGAGUACCAACUGCAAAUGCUCUCUAACAAAACCUAGUCAUUCCAAAUACAUUUAUGUAGCUUUUAUAUUUAAAAUUGUAAUAUAUUAUAAUUUAUGAAUAAAUCACGCGAUAAUUAAAGUUA